AUGUACCAACCGCACGGGACUAUUGCGCCCAGGAUUUGGUCUCACAGUCAAGUCAAGUGCUUUGAACGCGAUCUCUGCGAACUGCCCUGUGUUGCUCAGUCCUGGCCGCCCCCUAAAUACAGAUGGUAUAAAGAGGACGAGUCCUCGCUGUCGGGUGUAGUGAUGGGGACACAUGUGCAGCAAUUUGACGGCACUCUAAUGAUAAGCGAGGUCUGGCCGUCAGACGCCGGCAAAUGGGUUUGUGUGGCGAACAACACAUUAGGCGAAGAGAAAGUGAUAAUAAAACUGGUGGUCAUCUCAACGAUUGGCGUACAUCUGGAGCCGCAGAGGCUGGUGGUCGACGUGGGAAAGUCGGCCACAUUUAAUUGCACAGUAAGGGGCGGACCAAUCAAUUUGCCACUGGUUUGGCUCAAGGAUGGCAUCCUUUUAAUAACCGAUCCGUUUAGUGGUGGCGUUGGACUCAAUUUGGACGAUAGGAUCCGAUUGAUUGACUCAAACGUCUUAUAUAUACGUUCUGUUAUUAGGGAAGACUCCGGUUCGUAUCAAUGUUUGGCGGAAUCGGAGUACGACUCGAGUCAGGCGACGGCUGAACUCAAAUUGGGAGACAUCGCGCCCGUCAUUGUCGACACAUUCAAAGACAUUAUCGUUGAGUCGAGCACUUCAUUGUCGCUCCGGUGCUCGGCGUCGGCCACACCGUUGCCGCAGAUCAAGUGGUACUUAGAUGACUGGCCCGUCCCUAGCUUUGCGCGUUUCCGGGCCGGCGAUUACGUGACGCCUGACGCCAAAGUUGUCAGUUAUGUUAACAUCUCAUCCACUCGUGUAGUCGAUGGAGGAGAA